AUGCGCCCUUCAAGGCCGACGCGGCCGGCGGGUGCUGUGCCGCGAGAGUUGGUAGGAGCGUCCCACCUAACCAGGAUUGGAAGGACACGGACAAGACGGGUCCGUGGGGGCGUCACUCCGUGCCCUGCCCUGGAAUCGGUGGCGCUUUCUGACUCGGGGAACUUGGGCGUGGGAGCUCUCGUUUGGGUAACUUCAAUGUCCCAGCUUUUGGCAGACUUCGUGGGAGCUGGCUUCAGAGAGGGGAUGCCGAGUGUGGUGUUCAAGGAUGUUUGA